CAGUGGCGGUAAUGUUAUGGAGUUUUCUCUCCUGCUCAUCAGUGGCAAAUAGGAAACGCCAGGCCUACAGAAAACGGUGGAUUUACCGACAACAGAACAUCAGCAUUCAAUUGGUGGUGGUGGUGGCGAAAAAACUCAUUUUAGUUCUGCAUGAGAGCUAAAGAGAGCAUCAAAACAUGGUGGUUCUCAAAAUUAGAGACCAGCAGGUAGAUGGCAUGUAGCCUCUGAGCUAGAUGUGCGCAAGCCACGAUAUCAGUAUAACGAAUCAUGAGUGAUGAAGUGCCUGCCCUGCUAAAAGCUAUUUUCAAUGUUGAUCCAGAUGAAGUACGCUCUCUCAUUUUCAAGAAAGAGGAUGUGAAUGUCCAAGACAAUGAGAAAAGGACACCGCUGCAUGCAGCUGCCUACCUAGGAGAUGCUGAGAUUAUAGAGCUCUUAGUUUUAUCAGGGGCGAGGGUGAAUGCCAAAGACAACAAAUGGCUGACUCCUCUGCACCGCGCAGUGGCAUCCUGCAGUGAGGAGGCGGUGCAGGUUUUGCUAAAGCACUCUGCUGAUGUGAACGCUCGAGAUAAGAACUGGCAAACCCCUCUCCAUGUGGCUGCCGCUAACAAGGCAGUCCGCUGCGCUGAGGCGUUGGUGCCACUGCUGAGCAACGUUAAUGUAUCAGAUCGGGCUGGACGCACUGCCCUGCACCAUGCUGCCUUCAGUGGCCACCUGGAGAUGGUGCGGUUACUGCUCUCCAGGGGAGCCAAUAUAAAUGCAUUUGAUAAGAAGGACAGAAGGGCAAUCCACUGGGCAGCAUACAUGGGUCAUAUGGAGGUGGUGAAACUGCUGGUGUCUCAUGGUGCUGAGGUGACGUGUAAGGACAAGAAAGCUUACAUGCCCCUCCACGCUGCAGCGUCCAGCGGGAUGAUCAGUGUAGUCAAGUAUCUGCUGGACCUGGGAGUGGAUAUGAAUGAACCAAACGCAUAUGGGAACACUCCACUGCAUGUGGCGUGCUACAAUGGUCAGGAUGUGGUGGUCAACGAGCUGAUCGAGUGUGGAGCGAAUGUAAACCAGGUCAACGAGAAGGGUUUCGCCCCCCUGCACUUCACUGCCGCCUCACGUCACGGGGCUCUCUGCCUAGAGCUGCUCGUGGGCAACGGCGCUGACGUCAAUAUCAAGAGUAAGGACGGUAAGACACCUCUGCACAUGACUGCAAUUCAUGGGAGGUUCUCAAGAUCUCAGGCGAUUAUUCAAAAUGGUGCUGAGAUAGACUGUGAAGACAAGAAUGGGAACACUCCUUUGCACAUCGCAGCUCGAUACGGACACGAGCUUCUCAUCAACACACUGAUCACUAAUGGAGCUGAUACCGCAAAGAGGGGAGUCCACGGUAUGUUUCCACUGCAUUUGGCUGCUCUCAGCGGCUUCUCGGACUGCUGCCGUAAACUGCUGUCAUCUGGCUUUGAUAUAGACACCCCCGAUGACUUUGGAAGGACCUGUUUACAUGCUGCUGCUGCCGGCGGGAACCUUGAGUGUCUGAAUCUUCUCCUCAACACGGGGGCAGAUUUCAACAGGAAGGACAGCUUUGGAAGGACACCUUUGCACUAUGCAGCUGCAAACUGCAACUACCAGUGCCUGUUUGCUUUGGUGGGUUCAGGAGCCAAUGUCAAUGAGCUGGAUAAGAGGGGCUGCACCCCCCUGCACUACGCCGCUGCUUCUGACGCUGAUGGAAAGUGCCUGGAGUAUUUGCUGAGGAAUGAUGCUAACCCAGGGAUCCGAGACAAUCAGGGCUACAAUGCAGUGCAUUAUGCCUCUGCUUAUGGGCACCGCCUGUGUCUAGAGCUGAUUGCAAGUGAAACUCCUUUAGAUGUGUUAAUGGAAACCUCAGGGACAGACAUUCUCAAUGACUCUGAUGUACGAGCUCCUGUCAGCCCACUUCAUCUGGCUGCUUACCAUGGACAUCACCAGGCUCUUGAGGUGCUGGUUCAGUCUCUCCUGGACCUGGACGUGAGAACAGCACAAGGACACACGCCACUGGACCUGGCUGCCUUCAAAGGCCACGUAGAGUGUGUGGAUGUACUCAUUAACCAGGGGGCUUCCAUCCUGGUGAAGGACUACACCCUCAAACGCACCCCUAUCCAUGCUGCUGCCACAAAUGGUCACUCCGAGUGUCUGCGUUUGCUCAUCGGAAAUGCUGACCUUCAGAGUGCAGUUGACAUCCAGGACGGAGUUGGCCAGACUCCCCUGAUGCUGUCUGUGUUGGGUGGACACACAGACUGUGUUUACUCCCUGAUUAAUAAAGGAGCCAACGUAGAUGCCAAAGACAAGUGGGGCCGCACUGCUCUCCACAGAGGGGCGGUGACAGGCCAUGAGGAGUGUGUGGAGGCUCUGCUGCAGCAUAGUGCCAGUUUCAUGGUACGGGACUGUAGGGGGCGCUCUCCAGUGCAUCUUGCGGCUGCCUGUGGCCACGUUGGGGUACUGGGGGGCCUUCUGCAUGCUGCCCAGUCUGUAGAGUCCAUUCCUGUCAUCACUGACCAUCAGGGAUACACGCCGCUUCACUGGGCCUGUUACAACGGUCAUGACACCUGUGUUGAAGUGUUGCUGGAGCAGGAGUUAUUCCAUAAGACUGAAGGGAACACCUUUAGCCCCCUUCACUGUGCUGUUAUAAAUGACAAUGAAGGAGCAGCUGAGAUGUUGAUAGACACGCUUGGUCCUGCCACCGUCAAUUCAACUGAUUCCAAAAACAGGACGCCCCUUCAUGCUGCAGCGUUCACAGAUCAUGUGGAGUGUAUGCAGCUCUUGCUGGGUCACAAUGCCCAGGUGAACUGUGUAGAUGCUGGAGGCAAAACACCUCUCAUGAUGGCAGCGGAGAACGGCCAGACCAAUGCAGUUGAGGUGUUAGUGAGCAGUGCAAAAGCAGACCUCACACUGCAGGAUGCCAACAAAAACACUUCGCUCCAUCUGGCCUGCAGUAAGGGCCAUGAAACCAGUGCCUUGUUGAUCUUGGAGAAGAUCACUGACAGAAACCUCGUCAACUCCACCAAUGCAGCUUUACAAACGCCCCUGCAUGUGGCAGCCAGGAAUGGCUUGACUGUAGUUGUCCAAGAACUACUAGCUAAGGGUGCUAGUGUGCUGGCCGUCGAUGAAAAUGGCUACACUCCUGCCCUGGCUUGUGCUCCUAAUAAAGAUGUUGCAGAUUGCCUUGCACUGAUCCUGGCCACCAUGAUGCCAGUGUCUCCCGGUGGAGGUGGUGUGCCCAGUCUCACAUUCAGUGCCAUCAACCACUACACCACCCCCACUAAGAGCGUCACCUUCGACAGUCUGCCCAUGCUUCGCUCCGAACAUAGCUCCUAUUGCAGCUUCAACAGCAUCGGCCGCCACGAUGGCUUCUACAAGGAUGAAGAGCUAAAUGACUCUGACUCAGAGACCUACUGAGGAAAAGAAGCACACAUCCUGUCUUAAUUGCCCAGCAUCUGGCCACUCCGCAGAGCCUUAAGAGCCUCUACAUACAACACACCCACACACAGUCAUGUUGCUCCUGAGAUACGGCCGCAGAAAUCCGCGGACGUUGUGCAGGCAUUAUCUUCGGAACCCCCGGGGUUAGAGGGGUGUGCCCAGCGUCGUUGGACGGGUCUCGACGAGACCUUUGCAACGACGCCGGCCUCGUAUUUUUAGGCCUUGGCGUUCGGGAGAAACAUGAGGCGCAGCAGGCUGGGUCCCUUAACCUCUGCCAGCACAUCAUGCUCUUGAGCAGAUACCUCAGUGUGUUCUGCUUCACCCACACAAUAUAACAGAUAAGUGGGCGGACCUCCUGAUAUGGCAAUAAGACAAGAAUCGGCAGCCUGGGACCAAUGUUUGCACCAGCAGUUUGACACUUUCUUUGUGCACCAUGUGAUUUGGGAUUCAGCUUUUUUCUUUCAAUUGCUUAUGAUAAUGAGGGAGGAUUUGAAACUGGCCUUGGUCUGAUUGUAAUGCUUUCAACAGUUAAAGUUAGUGUGCACUUCUGAAUCGAUCAUUUACAACUUGGGGGGUGGGGGGGUUGAUUUAUUUUUUAAAUGAGAUUUUAAUACCAGUCAAGUUCCCUGUCCCUUUGGGGGGAUAAAAAUCACAUAGUUUCAAAACUGCAAGGGCAAAAUUGAGGACACGAACAUAAGCAUUGUAAUGUGUUUGGCCACAAGCAUGAGAUAACAGCUGUCUCCAUUGUCAGUUUUAGGAUAAAUUAUUCUUUUUAUCUAUGGUAUUUAUUUUUACUUUCCAUGAUUCCAUCAUUUUGUGCCUUCAUAAAUUACUGUAUAGAAGGAAGGGGCAGCUUGGAAGAACAAAUCUACGAUGCACAAGUUCAACACUACAUCUGUGAAAAGCACUGAAAAUGAACCAAGGCAAACGGCUCCCAGCCCGCUUUGCUCCAGGAUGAGGAACACUGUGUAAACAAUGUAGAACAGCAUUUGAUCUCUUUGUAUGUUGAUAUAUGAAUAUAAAUAUAAAUUAUAUUUUUUCUGCCUCUUA